AUGGCGACACCCUCACCCCGACGUAAAUCGUUUUCGCGAUAUAGCAAUCCCUCUCAGAUGGGAGGGAUGCCCAACCAACCUCAGCGGCCAUCGGUGUAUGCUGGACCUCAAGGGCAGGGUACACCUCCCAUGGUCAAUGGGAGGAGAAUGACCUCUGGUCCGAUGGCCCCUGGUCCAGUUCCAGGUCCGGGUCCAAUGAUGAACGGUCCACCACCACCUCACACCGAUCAUUCGUCUCCUCAGACUGCCCAAGGUCCACCGCAGAGGUACAAUCAACCUCAACAGCCGCCUCAUCCUCAGGCUCAAACACCUCAGCAACGUAUACCUAGUAAUCCAAAUGCUUCACCUGUAGUCUCCUCUUCCGGUUCAGGCCCUCAACAACAACCGCAACAACAACAACAGCCAUCGGCAUUAGUAAAUAACACAUCCUAUCCAUGGAUGACCCGACAAUUAGGCCUAUACACCCCUCAGACUUCACCUGCUUCAGCACCUCAAUCGCCCUUCCCGCGAUAUGGUCUGAGCGUUCCUGCUUUCCCAUCCCAUUCGGGACACAUGUUGAUUUUCGGUGGAUUAGUUCACGAGAGAGUGAGAAAUGAUUUGUGGUCGAUGGAUAUAAGGAGUUGUGAGACUUUACCAGUGAAGACCAAAGGUGAUGCACCGAUCCCGCGGGUCGGUCAUGCGAGCGCAAUGGCAGAUAGGAUUAUGAUUGUUUGGGGAGGUGACACGAAAGUGAAUGUGGACGAUCCACAAGAUGAAGGACUAUAUAUCUUAGAUCUACGAUCCCAAGAAUGGACGAGCGUGCCGGUUCAGAAAGGUCCGGUAGGGAGAUACGGCCACGCAGUAUGUCUCGUCGAAGGGAAAUUCUACGUCUUUGGUGGUCAGGCAGAUGGUGCUUUCAUGAAUGAUUUAUGGAUGUAUGAUAUCAAGCAGUUAUCCGGAAACACACAUCGAUGGGAACAGAUACAGUACACUACGCCUGCUCCGCCCAGACGAACAGGUCAUAUAUUAGUUGCUGGAAACAACGGUAAACUAUAUCUCUUCGGUGGUACCGACGGUAAUUACCAUUACAACGAUACUUGGUCUUUUGACGUAGCUACUGGAUCAUGGUCGGAAUUGUCCUGUAUAGGAUAUAUCCCAUUGCCUAGAGAAGGACAUGCUGCGGCGAUAAUAGAUGAUACGAUCUACGUCUUUGGUGGACGAGACGUAAAAGGGAAAGAUCUAGGUGAUCUAGCAGCUUUCAAGUUAUCCAACCAACGAUGGUACAUGUUCCAAAACAUGGGUCCAGUGCCUACCGCUCGAUCAGGUCAUGCGAUGGUAGCUGCCGCAGGGAAGAUCUUCGUAGUUGGUGGAGAAGCCAAUCAGGCUUUGACUGAUGUCCGAGAUGACCCUACUGUGAUACAUAUUCUCGAUACGGGUAAAAUCAAAUACCCACCUGAUACUCAACCGCCUAGAAAUCCUUCAUCAGUCCAGAAUCAUCAGUCUCCGACUCCUAAUCAGCCUCAACCAAGCCAGGAGCAAUUACAAAAACAGGACACUCCGCCUAAAAAUGUCCAGCAACGAGUCAACGACACCCCUCAAUCGGUCAAACGUGGUCUGCCCAACUCUAGCUCAAUGGAUAGUCUCUCCAGAGCAGCUUCACCUCCUGGUAAUGGUGAAAGACUUCCACCUAAUAUGCAACCGCUUGGAGCGACCUUGCCACGAUCUGAAUCGGGUGAUUUGAACCAAGCUCAAGCUACACCCCGAGCGAACGUCAAUGGCGGUGGGCCACCCCAAAGACCAAGAAGAGAAGGUGAUGAGGAAUAUCGUCGAGCGAUGUCACCUACCAAUGGACCUGUAUCACCUUCCAAUAGUAAUUUCCCCGGCGGCCGAGUCACUUCACCUACACAUAACGGUCCUGCUUCGCCACCUUCCAAUGUCAAAACCGGGUUUAACCCUUCGGUCUUAGGGACGAGAUCGCCUUCACCCAGAUUGAGGAUGUUGGAUGGUGAGAGACCUGCUCCACCACCUGAUGCGUUCUAUUAUGGUAGAUCACCCACCUCUGCCAAUGGAUUUGCGAAUAAUCGACCAUCCUCUUUAUCUGGUGCCCAGGACUUGUUAAGGGAGAUUAAAAACAAAGAACAUGAGAUCGAUUUAGGCAAGAAACGAGAAUUGGCCUUGAAAGUGAUUUUGGCGAGAGCUGUCCAACAAGGUUUCGUCACUGGUGAAGAAGAAGAUAUCAAUUUACCUGAGAAGAAUGAGGGGAGUGAAGAGAAGGAAAAAGAGUUGAUACAUAAGUUGACAGAUGCGCUGGUCAAGUUGAAACAGGACAAGGCUACGAUUCAGAACGACAUGUUAGCUCAAAUUCGACUGGCUUCGGAAAAAGCUAUGGAGGCUGAGCGAUUGCGAAGAGGAGCACUGCAAGAAGCCGCUUUCUACCGAGCUAAAAUCGCUACGCUGGAAUCUAAUUCACCAAUCGACUUGGCAAGAAUUGAGAAAGAACGUAUAGUGGAACUGGAGAAACAGAUUGGCAUCAUCUCUCUGGCCCAUGCCUCAUCGCAGAAAGAGUUGGAAUCGGUUUUAGAGACUGUCAAUUCUGUUAGAUCUUUACAUACUGCUGCGGCCGAGAGAGAGACCGAGACUUUGAAAAGAGCAGAGGAGGCUGAAGAAGCUCAUCGAGAGGCUGUUGAGGAGAUUGAACAGCUGCAUGAGAAGCUUUUGGAGAAUGAACAAACUCUACGUGAACAUACCGAAAAACUUAUCACCCUCUCUUCGACGGUACAACAACGCGAAGCUGAGAAGGAUCACCUUCAGACUCAUCUUGAAGAAGCUAUCAAGGGACGAGACGAGAAUAUAGGGUUGAUCGAACAAGCUCAAUCCGCUUUGAAAGCUGCGGGACUCAGGACCACCGAGAUGGAAGGCUUAUACGAAAAAGCCAAGGCGAGAGUAUCAUCCCUAGAGGAGGAGCUGGCAGAGGUGAAAGCUGAACUGGAAGUCAAGACUCGUGAUGCUGAGAUAUCCGAAGAGAAAUAUCGAGAGGUGGAAAAUGCCUGGACUCAAUCUCGUGAGGAAGCUGAUUCGCUCCGUGCGGUAACUACCUCCAGGUUGGGUGAGAUAUUAGAUUCUCACAAAGAGAUGAGGGCGGACGAAUCUCGAUAUUCUAGAGGAUACCAAGAUCAGAUCAAAGCUUUAGAACAGGAGACCGAAUCAUUGAGGAAAAUGUUGAAAGAAGCUGGACAAAGAGUUGAUUCUGCUGAAUCUGGAGUUUCUCAUCAUCGAUCUAAAACACGUGAAUUAGAAUCUAAAUUACAACUACUUCGAGGUGAAUUGAGAGGAUCGAAAACGAAAUUGUUAAAUCUACAAUCUGAAAACUCGAAACAUAAAGAGAUCCAAUCUGUGAAAGAUAAAGAAUUGAAAGAGAAGGAAAUCCACCUCACCGAUCUGGAAACUCGUUCGACAGUCCUGAGAAACUUGUUGGCUGAUCAUGGCAUUGCAGUUUCGGAUAGUGAUCUGGAGAAAGAACCUCCUUCCGCUACUUCUCAAUUGGAAACUCAAUUGCGAGAUCGAGGUAGAGCCAACGAAGCUGCACAGAGGGAAAUUGAAGAUCUCAGAAUGAGAUGUGAAGAAGCUGAAGACAAGGUCGAAAGUUUGGGUAGAUUGAUAGAAAGAUUGAAAGAUGCUAGAUCACCUACUGCCUCGUCGAUGCGGUCGCCCACCCCUACAGGAGAUAGUGAUAGACGUGUUGGGGAAUUGGAGAAAAAGAUGAAUGAUAUGGAGAAAGAACACAGAGAGAAAGUAAAAGCGGUUGAGAAUGAUUAUCAGACGGCCGUUAGGUAUGUUAAAGGAACGGAGAAGAUGUUGAAGAGGAUGAAGGACGAGUUGAACAAACAGAAAGCUACCAAUACGACCCUUCAAAAUGAACUUGAUUCCAUCCGUGGUCAACCCGGUACUCGUACUAGGGAUUUAUCAUCUUCAGGUCGAUCUUCCACGCCUUCAUUGUUGAAUGAGACCAACGAGUUGAAUAGGAAAUUGAGCUUGUUACAAAAUCAACAUUCCAAAUUACAAGAGGAUUUCCAAGCUUCUCAAGAUGUUUUGAACGCUCGAAAUAGAGAAGUUGAAUUAUUGAGAAUGAGAGUGGAAGAAUACGAAAGGGAGAUUGAAGUUUUGAGAGAAGAUUUGGAUCAGGCUAAACAACGGAUCCAAACUUUACUUGAAGUUGGCGUUUCAUCUGGGGAAAACCCAGGAUUGGGGGAGACGGAAGAUGAGGAUGAAGGUAGUGAAGAAGCUAGUAUGGCUUUCGAUAAGUUUACGAAAGAAUUGAAACAAUGGGAAAGAUCAAGAUCACCAGGUCAAGGUGAUCAAGAUGACGAUGAGACUGAUCAAGAUGAUGAUGAGUAUCAUCAUCAUCAUAUUCCAGGAUCGAGUUCUUCCAAUAAUCAACAUUCCACAAGUGGACAUGGUAAUGGACAUAAGAGACAUAGUUCCGAGUACUCGGGUGAUUGGGUACAGUAA